AUAUAUUUGUAAAGAUCCAAAAAUAAAUGAUGCUACACAAGAACCAGUUAACUGUACAAACUACACAGCUCAUGUUCCAUGUCUCCCAGCACCCAAUAUAAUGUGUAAGGAUUCCAGUGGCAAUGAAACACAUUUUACCGGAAAGGAAGUUGGUUUUUACAAGCCCGUACCUUGCCGGAAUGUAAAUGGCUACUCAUACAAAGUGGCGGUUGCACUGUCCCUUUUUCUUGGAUGGCUGGGAGCAGACCGGUUUUACCUUGGGUACCCUGCCUUGGGUUUAUUAAAGUUUUGCACUGUAGGAUUUUGUGGAAUUGGGAGCCUAAUUGAUUUUAUUCUUAUUUCAAUGCAGAUCGUCGGACCUUCAGAUGGAAGUAGCUACAUCAUAGAUUAUUAUGGAACCAGGCUGAUAAGACUGAGUAUCACUAAUGAAACAUUUCGGAAGACACAGCUUUACCCUUAACUAUUUACAGAGAGAACAGUAAGUGACGUGUCUAAUUAAUUACAGUCUGAUGCCACGGAUAGUCCGCCUUUAACGAUCUACCUGGGUAACAGCUGCUGGGACUCAGGACCGACGCAUGCAGUGCAGACUUACAGACGUCUUCAUUUGCCCGGUCCUGCGCAUCCUGUGGACAGAGCCUCCGUGUCUUGCUCAGCAUGGUGCCCUGGUUGCACACGCAGUGCUGUGAUUUUUGCUGACCCUGCCGCGCAGCGCAGCUCUGGAGUUCUGAGUUCUGUUCACGUCACAGUCUUGCAUGUAAGAGUGAUGCAAUAAAAGCAAAGUCACCAAGUUGGA